AUGGCGCUGAGCUUCGUUCCCGGCAUGCUUGCUUAUGACGGAUGGGAGACUGGCUGCUUCGCGAUAGGCGGAGAAGUUCAGUCCUGGUCACGGAAGAAUGCAGCAGAAUACGCGUUUAAAAAGGCUACUGGACGAUCACCUCGUGGCCGCACAAAACGUGGCGAUGGGAACUGGGGCUGA